CGCUCUGCCCUCCCCUCCCGGUGCAGGCCCGGGCGUCCCCGCUGCUGCCCGCGCCCCGAGCCGCUGCCCCGCGCCCCCUCCUCGAGCCCCGGCCCCGCGGCCCCUCCUCCGAGCCCCGGCCCGGCCAUGGCGCGCCUUGGCCCCGCGCUCCUGCCGGCGCUGCUGCUGCUGCUGCUGCUGCUGUGGCCGCGCGCGCUGCGGGCCAAGCCCACGGUGCGCAAGGAGCGCGUGGUGCGGCCCGACUCGGAGCUGGGCGAGCGGCCGCCCGAGGACAACCGGAGCUUCCAGUACGACCACGAGGCCUUCCUGGGCAAGGAGGACUCCAAGACCUUCGACCAGCUCAGCUCGGAGGAGAGCAAGGACCGGCUGGGGAAGAUUGUUGAUCGAAUCGACAAUGAUGGGGACGGCUUUGUCACCACUGAAGAGCUGAAAACCUGGAUCAAACGGGUACAAAAAAGAUACAUCUAUGAUAAUGUCGCCAAAGUCUGGAAGGAUUAUGAUCGGGACAAAGACGAUAAAAUUUCCUGGGAAGAGUACAAACAAGCCACCUACGGCUACUACCUGGGAAACCCGGCAGAGUUUCAGGAUAGUUCAGACCAUCACACCUUUAAAAAGAUGCUGCCACGCGACGAGAGGAGGUUCAAGGCUGCAGACCGCGACGGUGACCAGACGGCCACGCGGGAGGAGUUCACGGCCUUCCUGCACCCUGAGGAGUUUGAGCACAUGAAGGAAAUUGUGGUUCUGGAAACUCUGGAGGACAUCGACAAGAACGGGGACGGGUUUGUGGAUCAGGACGAGUACAUUGCGGAUAUGUUUUCCCACGAGGAGAAUGGCCCUGAGCCAGACUGGGUUUUGUCAGAACGGGAGCAGUUCACUGAAUUCCGGGAUCUGAACAAGGACGGGAAGUUGGACAAAGAUGAGAUUCGCCACUGGAUCCUCCCCCAGGACUAUGACCACGCGCAGGCCGAGGCCAGGCACCUGGUGUACGAGUCAGAUAAGAACAAGGAUGAGAAGCUGACUAAAGAGGAGAUACUCGAGAACUGGAACAUGUUUGUCGGAAGCCAAGCCACCAACUAUGGGGAGGACCUCACCAAGAACCACGACGAGCUCUGAUGCCGCCGCUGCCGCGGGGCGGACUGUCACGGCUUCCCGCGCUCCCUCGCGAGGUGGCAGCAGUUCUCACAUUUCAGCACCUGUGUCCCCCAAAACGAGUUUAUCACCUCAGAUUGGGGUUAAGAUUGUUUCUCACUCAAUCUUUACUGGAAAAUAGUCAUCUCUAUUGUUUCAGUAAGAUUUCUCUCAAAACACAUGAAAAUCUUGGUAAAUUGCAGGGCUCUAUGGGGAUACAUUGCUAAAACAUGAUUUUUUAGUUUUUUCCAUUAAAUUUAAACUGAAGAGGAACAAAAGUGGAAAAGCACUGUUAUUCAGACGUUGGGGGGCAGCAUAUGGAGUGACUGUUUUAACUGCAGACUUUUUACGUCUGCCACUGUAGAGUAGUUGGUGAGGGGAAAUUCUGAUCGAGCUGCAGUGGUGUCAUCCUAGUAGCCUUAUUUCAGAGCAAGUCUAUUACUUCAGAUUCUUCUUUCUUGACUUUGUACUCUGAGCUGUUAGUGUAAAUGGUAUAUAAAACCUCUGUGCAUUUUUCUGUAUGGACCUGCUAAUGUGCACAACAGAUCCACAUCUUUAUUUUUUUUUUGUUUUUACAAUAAGAAGCAAUCAAGAAAGAUAAUGUGAAAAACAAAGGAAUUUUAGAAGUAGGGCAAAGAUGAGUGUCAGGCAUUUGAAGAACUAUAGGAAAAUGGUAAACACUAUUACACUUGAGAAAAUUUUCUUGACAUGCAAGUGAUUCACUUUGAAAAAGUGAGUAGAAAUACAAUCUGUUCCUUGCUGAUCACUGUUUGGAACGAGGGAGUGGGACCCAGGGAAGCCGGCCUCGUGGAGUGCCACAGCCCCUUGCAUGCACCCUGGUGACCCCACUGCUCAGACCUGCCCGGGGCCUGCGCACACAUGGAAUCAGGACAGAGCGAUGUUCCAAGCCAUUGGCUGGACUGGAAGAAUGCUUUUACAGGUUGAAAUUCCACCUUAUAAGUAGAAAGUGAAGGAAAUAAAGGAUCCCGCUGCGGAUUUCCCACUGUG